CUGUCAUGGAUGUUCCACGUGGCUUGUGUUUGUCGUCGUGCCUACCCCAUGUGAACACGGCCGUGUCAGUUGCCACUUUGUCACCUCUGCAAUCAGAUUGCCGACCUGAAUUCUGUUGACUUCUUCGUACUUAGACCUGUAUUGGAUAAAAGUUCUUUAUGUGUUGUUUACAUCGACAGAAGACGUUCCUUUUCAUGCGUCUUCCCCCGUGCACUUUUAACAACAAGCGUCAACUAUAGUCUGCUAAAGCACCAAGCUUAAAGGAAGCAACCGGAGGUUCGGCGUGGACGUCAUACAACAGUGGGCAGUGAUUAAGUGACGCCAUCACCGCAGCCCUGGUUAUAGUCAGUCAGUGGUCCUGUAGCUUCAACUGGGAGACAUGCCGGGAGUCAGGCCCAUCCAACCUCAUCGUCGAACCUGUGGAAUAGUAUCCUCGGACUUUCAGCCUAAUACAUAGGACAGUCUUACGUUCAUACCAACAUUCGCAACUUCACUGCUAUACCACCUUGAGCUUUGGAAGAGUUUCUUAACUUCCAAAUCUAAUUGCUACUUCUGUGGAUGUUUACAGUGUGUGUUUAACUUGUGUCAGUCCCCAUUUGGACAAAGGGGUCAUUUUUUUCCUUCAUAAAAAAGUUCGGGCCAGUCCACCCAGGGAUUACUCGUGAAGUCGUGGUACAAUGCCGAGGGGGACAUCGCAGCUGCUGUCGUUGCUACAUGUUUUGACUGUGUGUACAGUGAUUGUAGGAGAGCCGUUUUACCAGCACCGUGACCACAGGGAUCAGCUCAAGUACAGGCAAGGGAGAACUAAGGGUGGGAAUAUGGUGACGAGUCGAGACGAAGCCGAGGCUGUUUUGGACAAGUAUGGCUAUCUACGAUGCAAGCUAACAAAGACCAACCCGUUGCAGAUUUUUAGAACCGACUUUUCAUCUAUUCAUAAUCUGAAACUGCAAGAGGAAGGAGGUCGAAGUACAUGUAACGAAGAACAUGUGGCAAAGGCUUUGAGAGAAUACCAGAGAAACUAUAAUUUACCUGAGACAGGUGAGCUGGAUGAGGACACGCGAGUGUUGAUGAGUAGUUCCCGUUGUGGGAACAAGGACAAAGAAUCGGAAUCGUCUACUCUGAACACCACAAGUGUGGCUAAAGAUAAGAAAGACAAUCCGGGUUCGAAUCCCCAGAGAGAGCAUAGUGGUAGGCAUCGAGGAGGACUUCGUGACAGCAAUAAGUCUGCCCCUCCCACCCAGAGACUCUGGCGUCGGUCGACCAGUAACUCUCACCUGAUGAAAGUGUUAGUAGGUAAACCUAAUAAGUCAUCUCUGAAAAGGAGAAGACGCCAUGUUCAGGAAUACAUUGAUAAGCUUAAAGAAAUAGACCCUAAAAUACUUAAUCCAUUGACUGUGUCAGAGCGAAAGAAGCGCUCGGUAAUAGUAAAAGCAAAGCACACCGGUGGACCUUUGCCUUUCUGGAAAUCAAGAGAUGAGAAUGGUCAGAUGAUCAACAAAGAGGUCAUUCGCUGGAGGCUUCUGACCAAUGGGUACAGCACUAGGAUACCGGUUGAGGACCAAAGGGCGACCAUUGAUUUAGCUUUCAGGAUGUGGAGCGAGGUUAUCCCACCCAAGUUUGUUGAGGACACUGGUGGUGAUAUACGAGACGUUGAUAUUGAAAUAGCGUUUGGACGAGGUAACCAUCAAAAUUGUCCCCAUAAAUUCGACGGCAGUGGGGGCGAGAUAGCCCAUUCCUGGAAAGCCGGCAACAUGCACUUCGACGACGAGGAAAACUUUAAGUCUAUCCGAUCCUACAGCCCUGAAGGGAUUUAUCUUCUCCGUGUGGCGGUACAUGAGAUCGGACAUGUGCUGGGUCUUGCUCACCGGAACAAGUCGUAUUCCAUAAUGUAUGCUAUCUACCACGGCUUCGAGAUGCAACAGCCGGAGUUUGAACUUGGCUGGGAGGACCGGAAGGCCAUUCAAAAGAUAUAUGGCGUGUGCAAAGGACACUUCGAUACGUUGUUCGACUGGGUGAGGAAACGCCCCGACAACCAGUUCAUCUACAACACAUACUUCUUCCGCCAGAACAGGUACUGGAUGUACGAAAACCAUGCCAACAGAACGCGAUACGGCGACCCCCUGUACAUUGCACGGGAGUGGGACGGCGUCCCCGACGGCAUCGACGCCUACAUCCAUGUCUGGUACUUCACAGACACCACCAUGGCUAAUGAAGCUUAUUUCUUUAAAGGGGAGAGUUUCUACCGGUACGAUAACGACAACGACAAGGUAUUUGAGGGUUACCCCAUGAAGAUAUCGGAAGGGUUCCCGGCAAAGGAGGGCUCGGAAGACCGUAUUCCUGACAACCUGGACGCAGUGUUCUUUGACUUGCGAGACAAGAAUAUCUACUUCUUCAAAGAUGAAUAUGUCUACGUUUAUGAUCCGAAGGAGCCCGAAGAGACUCGAGGGUGUUGUGUGCGGAAGAUGAAAAUCGUGGAUGAGUAUCCCAUGAACGAUGGGGAGAAACCGCUGCCGGCGACUGUGGACGCCGUGUAUUAUUCCUACAAGGACAAAGCCAUGUACUUUUUUAAAGACGAGGAGUUUUGGCGGAAUACGAGGUUUCACCCGAGGAUCAAACAAACAAAGAAUGCACUGGAAUACAGAGGCAAGUGGUACGAAAAGUGGUUCGACAUUUGUGACGUCACUGAUAUGGAGUGAAUGACAUUGUGACGCCCACUGUGUGAGGACUUCAAUUCGAAAUGUCACGUGACCCGUAUUAUAGAUGACGUCAACGGUGACCACGAGCACAGAUCAGAGGAGCACCUGCCGAAGUCAGGACAGUUCUACAAACGGAGUUCCAUUCGAAGCGUCCAUACACUUCCGAGACGGAUCGCAUGUACAUACAUGAUGUCUAGCAUAGAUCCUGUCUUGGAAACACUGCACGUGCUUCUCGUGCUGAAGAAAGAGCUAGUUGACAUAUCAGCGGGCUGAUGUCAUAAACUGCUCAUGUGAUAUAUUUUAACGUUCAUCUGAUUGGUUGUUAGCGUUGAUGUGUUGAUACUAAUGCUUACACGAGGCCGAGGCUUCGCUAGUGCUCGACAAAUACCGCAAAGUUGCAUGUAAGGACAACGUAUGUUGAUAAGGCUGGACUGAACAUCAACACCAGCCGGACAUUGCUUAUUUCACUUGGAGUGCGAAGUUCAACACAAAAGGAGCAAGUGUUUUUUUGUACACGUGAUCUUAUAUGAAGUAUUUGCCACUUUUAUAUGAUCGAACUGCCAAUGUUAUAUUCAAUGUCAUAUUGUUGCGAUAUAGCCUUUGAGGCAUUAUUGACUUGUUAGCAUCCAGUAAAGGGCUAGCGUGUCGCGAUGUACAAAUUGGUCUGUAUUUACAAGUACAUUCCCCGCUCGCUCUCUCCUUGUUCUUGCUCAUGUAGGACAGUUGGAGGUCUGAGAUUGACGCCGAAAUAGUACGGUUCGGAAUGGUGGACGGAUGGACGGAAAUAUGUCAGAGCAGGCUUUUGGUCCUUCUUCAGAUCUAUGAAUUACGCAGCUUUCGAUCGUUUAGUUGGUAGGGCCGUAAACAGCCUGUAACGUCGGAUCGGGCAAGACGUUGGUGGAUAUGAUUGUCUAGGCUGUGCUAGUGACUAGUGCUGCACACAAUGUACAGUAAGAGGCCCUGACCAUAGGAUGCAGAUAAUCUUCUUCGUGCUGUACAGUAAUUGAGUAUGUCUAGUACGUACAGCUUAUGGUCAAAUUCGUAUUUGACUUUGGUGGGUCAUGUCAAUUGUGAACAAUAAUUGAGCCUGCCCAUAAUGAUUGGUCGUGGUAUUCAUGCUUUCGAUUGGUCCUUUUGCUGAUUCACAGUGAUUGGCCUUGCCCAUGGCGCGCAUAGUGGAUGUUCCUUGUGCAUUGAUUGGUUCUGGUCAUGGUGAACCAUGAUUGGUCGUGUCCACUGAACAUUUUGAAUAUGGUUCUUGACAUGUCCAUUUUGAUUAGCCCUGUUCAUUGUGCAUAUGGAUUGGUUCUGUUCAUUUGCAAGAUGAUUGGUUCUGUUCAUCGAGAAUAGUGAUUGGUUCUGUUCUUCAUGCCCAGUGAUUGGUCCUGUUCAAAUACACGGUGGUAUGUCCUGUUCAUCAACCACGAUGAUUGGUCCUGUCCAUCAUACACGGCGAUUGGUCCUGUUCAUCGUUCACAGUGAUUGGUCCUGUUCACAGUGAUUGGCCCUGUUCAUCGUUCACAGUAAUUGGCCCUGUUCAUCAUGCACAGCGACUUGUCCUGUUCAUCAUGCACGGUGAUUGGUCCUGUUCAUCAUGCACGGUGAUUGGUCCUGUUCAUCAUGCGGUGAUUGGUCCUGUUCAUCAUGCACGGUGAUUGGUCCUGUUCAUCAUGCACGGUGAUUGGUCCUGUUCAUCAUGCACGGUGAUUGGUCCUGUUCAUCAUGCACGGUGAUUGGUCCUGUUCAUCAUGCCUCGGAUGAUUGGUCCUGUUCAUCAUGCUCGGUGAUUGGUCUUGUUCAUCAUGCACGGUGAUUGGUCCUGUUCAUCAGGCACGGUGAUUGGUCCAGUUCAUUAAGCGCGGUGAUUGGUCCUAUUCAUCGUGCACGGUGAUUGAUUGUUCAUCAUGCGCGGUGGUAGGUCCUGUUCAUCAUGCGCGGUGAUUGGUCCUGUUCAUGGGUAGGAAUACUGGUAGUGUGGUUCACGAAAGAACCGUUCGUAUGUUGAAAAGGCUUUGUCGCAGUCGGCUACUCACAAUCUUUAUGUACAUGGUUUCACUUGUAUUAAGACGUCUAUAUAUAUUUUGCAUAUUGUGUCAGCUGGUCCGAUGUUUUUGUUAUUCAUCCUAUAACAAUCACCCUUCCUUGCUCCAUAUUUUUAUUUCAUUCUAACGUUAGUCAAAGAUACUUAACAUUUCAGAAGUACAACAUGGUUGAAUCAGCGUUGCUUGUUAUUCUGCGCUGUCUUAAGUCAUCCUCAUGUUACAAGUCAAAACAGCAAGUGUAGCGUCUAGGAUGGUUGCUGUGUUGCAGGAAUUGCGUUGCUGAUAUGUAAAUAUACUCAAAACGUAAAGAUAUCGCUGUAGUGUACGAGAAACGUUUCAGUCAGUAUUAGCUCGAAAUCAUCGCGCACAUAAAGCCAAAGAUAUUGUUGGAAAAUGUACAGUGAUAGUGUAACACUAUGGCGCAGCACGGGGCACAGCUUUAAAGGGAGACGCACGUUAUGUACAUAUCUAGUGCACGCAUUGGAAACCCCUCCACUUGCAUGGACACAUUAAGGCCCUAGUUGACACUCGUGCAACACGUGUGUGCACGUCCCAAGACCACAACCGUAGUUUUCACGUGACUUUGAGUGCUAUGAGAAUAGCUGGGGCUUCACACGUAUGCAGAUGGCCUUGGUGCGGGCGUCUGGUUGAGCACGAGAAAUAAUUGUAAGUCUUGCAUUCACGUGAGGAAUCGCCCUAGCGUUCUUGCUCUUCUGCAUAUGUACAAGUGACGAAAUCUUAAGCGGAUAUGCACGUGCAUGCACGUGUACGCUGUUUAUGUCAAACCCGCCAUUUGAGCAGGGCCAUGCCUGCUGAAAACCUACUUAUCAUAAUUUAUAAACUGUUAUGUUUUUAUAUUUUAAUUUUGUUAUGUGUACAUUUCGGGAUGAUAUUUAUUACAAUAGUUCUUGUGAGCAUGCGUGCUUGCCACUUUGAGCAUGCUUACCGGAAAACUAUUUUUGUAGCCAUUUCGUCAUAAGUUCAUUACCGUUCCGAUGUGAUGUGUUUAGUUGAUGUGUCAGCUAUGACCUGUUGACUAUUUGCCGUCUAAUUUAUGACCAAACCAUUGUCCAACCGUCAUGUCCACCGCCACCUGGUCAGUGAUGUUCGCAUCUGUAAACGUCACGUGAUCAGUGUCAUACGCAUAUAUGUUCAUCACGUGAACGGUGUCUUGCGCAUAUGUGUACGUCACGUGAUCAGUGUCAUGCGCAUGUGUACAUCACGUGACCAGUGUCAUGCGCAUCUGUGUACGUCACGUGGUCUGUGUCAUGCGCAUCUGUGUACGUUACGUGAUCUUUGUCAUGCGCAUCUGUGUACAUCACGUGAUCAGUGUCAUGCGCAUCUGUGUACGUCACGACGAUCUGUCAUUCAAAUAAAUGUUUGCCUAUUCGUACAA